CUGACCUGUGGGUGACAGAAUGGUAAUUUACGGUACCAAACAUCCCUGCAUUACACCUCUGAAAUCAAGGCCCAGUCACACAUCGGUCUGUGGAUGGACAGCCUCAUGCACCGCGGGGCAUCCAUCAUCUCUCAGCCUCAACAAAUAUCGGCAUCAACGAAAUCAACGACAUCAACUUGCACAUAACAACCUCAAGCCUUACGCCUUACCCACACCGACAAAAUGGGUUCCGUGCUCCUCCCGCAUUUGCCCUCUGGUUGGCACGUGGACCAGGCCAUCGUCUCAGAGGAAGAGCGAGUCGUCGUCAUCCGCUUCGGGCGCGACCAUGACCCGGACUGCAUGCGGCAGGACGAGGCGCUGUUCAAGAUCGCAGAGCGGGUCAAGAACUUCGCCGUCAUCUACCUGUGCGACAUCGACCAGGUGCCCGACUUCAACGCCAUGUACGAGCUGUACGACCCGUGCUCCAUCAUGUUCUUCUUCCGCAACAAACACAUCAUGUGCGACUUCGGCACCGGCAACAAUAACAAGCUGAACUGGGUGCUCGAGGACAAACAGGAGCUCAUAGACAUCGUCGAGACCGUGUACCGCGGCGCCAAGAAGGGCCGCGGUCUGGUGGUGAGCCCGAAGGAUUACAGCACGAGACACAAGUAUUAGUGGGUGGGCCUAGGCGGACGGUGGUCUGGUUUAUGGGAAAUGUUUGGGUGUUUGGUUGGGAUAUGGUUGCUCAAGACGAGGGCCUGUCUGGGAUCGCGACACAACGGGGCCAUUGUGGAACUUGAGAUACGAACGAGGAAGCGGAGCCGUGUCUCCUGCCGGCUCAAAAAGACUACAGAUUACAUACUCUGUGGAUGAAGAAGGAAGCUGAGAACGGAGGCGGGGCUGCAUGUCGUGCCGGCUCAACGAGGCCGGAGCCGGGGAGCGGAGACGGAGGCGGAAGCGGAAGCGAUCAAUAUUCACAAAUGGAUGGAUCCCUCGCGAACACCGUAUUUCCCGUAACUAUUCCGCAAUCGAUUUUCGUUAACUCGGUGCUGCGGUGCACGGCAAAAUCGUGCUUUGAUCGGCAGCGGUCCAGAACGCCGAGAUUGCCCAGACCGCCCAGCGCCAGAGCCUUAAUGCGCUAGUCCUGACUCGGGCAAAGCCA